UCAUGGGGCGGGAGGGCACAGCGACACUUCAUCCAGGCAUAUGAGUCUGAUCCGGACUUCGGCACGCUCUAUGCAAAGCUAUCUUCGGAUCACCCGUCGACCAGCCAUUACCGCAUUGUCGACGGGUACUUGCUCCUCCACUCGAGAGGCAAGGACUUACUAUGUGUCCCAUGCGACCGUUGUCUUCGGACUCGCCUCCUCAUGAUUCACGACUCGCCGGCCAUUUCAGAGUCAACCGCACUAUUGCAUGGCUUCGACAGCGAUUCCGAUGGCCCGACCUCAUUACCGAUGUCACUCUGUAUCGCGACUCUUGCGAAGUUUGCCGACGCAGCAAGCUUUGCAACCGCAAACCCUACGGCGAGUUACACAUGAUGCCUAUCCCACGGGAACCCGGUCUCUCCAUUGCCAUGGAUGUCACUGGUCCGUUUCCUCGCGACCGGCUCAGGCACGACGGCAUCCUCACGGUUGUGGACCGAUUGAGUAAGUACGCGCGUUUUCUCCCUUGCAAGUACUACUCCACGGCUCCCGAAAUGGCACGCCUCCUGCACACUGGUUGGAUUUGUGGCCACGGUGUACCAGAAGACAUUGUCAUCGACCGCGACACUCGUUUCAUGUCGGCGUUUUGGACUGCUCUCAUGCAGGAGUCCGACACAACAAUGAAACCAAGUUCGGCUCGACAUCCUCAGACAGACGGGCAGACGGAGCGGGCACAUCAAACCGCUCAAAUGAUGCUUAUGCUCAUCCGUCCGGACCAGAAAGAAUGGGUUGACCGCCUCCCCGACAUCGAGUUCGCCUACAACACUUCGGUGCAUCCGGCGAUCGGCGUGACUCCAUUCGAGUUGCACCACGAUGGACGGAAAGGCCGGAUCUUCGCAGACCUUCUCCUCCCUCGACCAGCCGACAUCGACGCUGCCUGCUCUCCCGCUUCCGUCCGGAAGUACAGGGAAUUGCUGACUCAAGCCCGUGCAAAUAUGCAAAAGGCUCAAGUCCGCAUGCAGCAGCAAGCCAACAGGCGUCGCGUACCAUGUCCUAUCCGCGCCGGUGAUCUGGUUAGGGUCUCCGCGGAAGAGUUUGCACUGGAACAGGAUGUUUCACGCAAACUGCUUCCCAAGUGGUUUGGACCUUGGUCUGUGACAGCAGCCGCCGGCGAUGAGCCCGAUGGCCCUUCAUUUGUGAUCAACAUUCCAGAGCAUAUGACGGUCCAUCCGGUCUUCCACGCCUCGAAGCUGGCAACAUACACGCCAGCCAAGAGCGACGACUUUCCGGACCGACGAUCGCAGGACCCUCCUUCUAUGGAUGGCCAUCAUGAAGUUGACCGCGUCAUCUCCGAUCGCAAGUACGGCAGCAAGCCGCGACAGUACAAGUCACAUUCAAAGCAUGCGAUCGCGACGACACUCGGUGGAUUUCAGGCGCAGAUUUGAAAGCAUCCGCACCGCUGAUCUACGCGCAUUAUGAAAAGCGCAGGUUAGCUCAGGAAGCUUCACGACCAGCCCCACAGACAGCUUCGCCCUCGCAGCUCUGCCGAGCGGUUCGAUCCACGUGAAGGGUCAUGGCAACACAUUCCAUCAAUGAGUGAGAAGAGAGGAAGUUUGUCUGCAGCGGUUGCUAAUGGGAAGAUGUAAGUGUGUCGAGCCCCUAAUCUCCAUAUCCCUGGUUUUGAACUCGGACAUAUCUGAAUCUUCGCAGAAGUUACACUUUAGAAGACUAUUGUCUACCCCCAAGUAGAGUGUGUGGUCGUUAUAGCUGUAUGUGAGGCUACUUUCAGUCUACAAACAGUGAUAAUGAAUACAGUAUGUCGUU